UGUUUCCAAAGUGUGGCCCAGCUAGAUACACAUAUAAAAGGCAAAUGUUUUAAGGGCAAAAAUUCGAAAAUGAAAUCACUGAAGAAUUCUGGUAUAUAAUCGGCUGUAUGCGAUAUUGGCAAUUAUAUCACAUAAUUUCUAUUUAUUUAAUCUCCACGGAAUUUGUUGUAAUUUGUGUAAGAUAAACCUUAAACGGAAAUGGAUACAUUUGACGUUUCUGAUAGGAACAGCUGGUACUUUGGUCCCAUGUCUAGACAGGAUGCUACCGAAGUUUUAAUGAACGAACGGGAGCGGGGAGUAUUUUUGGUCCGUGAUAGUAACUCGAUAGCAGGGGAUUAUGUACUUUGUGUAAGAUUUUUAUUAUUUAGAGAAGAUACAAAAGUUAGCAACUACAUCAUUAACAAAGUUCAACAACAGGAUCAAAUCGUUUACCGCAUUGGGGAUCAGUCUUUUGACAAUCUACCAAAACUCUUAACUUUUUACACUCUUCAUUAUUUGGAUACAACCCCUUUAAAACGGCCUGCGUGUAGAAGGGUGGAAAAAGUAAUAGGAAAGUUCGAUUUCGUUGGCAGCGAUCAAGAUGAUUUACCUUUUCAAAGAGGUGAAGUUUUAACAAUAGUUCGAAAAGACGAGGAUCAAUGGUGGACUGCGCGUAACUCCUCGGGGAAAAUUGGGCAAAUACCGGUUCCUUAUAUACAACAGUAUGACGAUUAUAUGGAUGAAGAUGCUAUUGACAAAAACGAACCUUCCAUUUCGGGAUCUAGCAAUGUAUUUGAAAGUACUCUUAAAAGAACAGAUUUAAAUCGAAAACUACCUGCAUAUGCCCGCGUAAAACAGUCAAGGGUCCCGAACGCAUACGAUAAGACUGCAUUAAAAUUGGAAAUAGGUGAUAUUAUUAAAGUCACUAAAACAAACAUUAAUGGACAAUGGGAGGGAGAAUUAAAUGGAAAAAAUGGUCAUUUUCCGUUCACACACGUUGAAUUUGUCGAUGAUUGUGAUUUAAGCAAAAACUCUACAGAAAUACGCUAAAUAGGAAGGAAUGGAAUAAAUAUUCCUUUCGAUAAUUUUAAUUUUUAAGCUAAUUGUAUGAAUAAUAAUUUGUGCAUACCAAUUGUUACCAUAAUCAGAAAAUUAAAAUUCUUAUAAGUGAAAUAAAAAUAAACGGGUACGAAGAACAAAAUGGAA